UCAAAAUGUGCUAUUUUUGACAAUUGCUCUUUAUUUAAUAUAAUAUUUUGUUUGAUUUCCGUUAGAUAAUGAAUCAAAAAUAAAAAAUAAAAACUAGAAAAAUUAUUUAAUAUAUGUAUCGAAAAUGUAAAAUAACAUUUAUAACAAAAUAAUUUAUAACGUUUCGACCGCCAUAGCCUUCUCGUUCGUUCACUCGGUUCGAUGACUCCAUUUCAUGCGACGGCCAAUGCAUUAAAUUUUAAAAAGCUCAAAAUAUUUGUUUAAUAAAUCUACAAUCAUUAUAUAACUUUUUCAUUGUUUCGGCUUCAUUAACAUGAUAUCGUAAAUUACUUCCGAUAUGUGAUAUAGUCUUUUGCUAUUUUAGUUCAAACAUGUUUAACCUUGAAUUUUUUUAAGAUAUGUGAUCGAAAAAUUAAGUGCAUUUUACUGAUAUAAAUAAUUAAAUCAAUUUUUAAAUUUUUUUAACAUAAAUUUUAGAAGUUAAAAUGACAUUUAGUUAUGUGUAACCGAGCUAUGAUAUCAUAAUAACAAAGUUAUUUCUAUCUCAAAUUAAUUUAACUAUGUGUGAAUGAUAUUGUUUAUCCAUUGUAUAUUACAUCUCUUACACUUAUGGAUGUGAAAGUUUUCUUAUAGUUAGAUUUUCGACUUUACCAAAAAAUACAGGUUCCGAGACCAUCAUCACACUCUCCUCCAUGUUUAUAUUGAUUUAAACUCAUUUUCACUCCAUGUUUACGACGACAAGAAACCGAUUAAUCCUACUCUCCUGACACUCAAAAUCGACACAUCGUAUCUCCAUUUCUUAUUAGAGAUUAAUUUGUAGCCGUUAGAUUAGAAAGAGUUAUUUACUUUUGUGAAGGGGUAACCUAGCUUUUGAAUGAUUUAAUAAUAUGAUCAUAUGGUCCAAGUUCGAAGAUUUUCACACCUUAAUGCCUUCAAUGUCAUUUGUUUGCUUACCUCAAGAGUCACUACAACGAUUCCUUAGAUGCUCCCCGUAAUCCAUCCCGUUACUUGCCACGUGUCCAUUUCUUUUCCCCCAUUUUUCCAAUAUCAACUUAUGUUCCUUCUCGAAUCAUGCAAUAUUAUUAUAAAAUCACUUUGGUUUGUUAACGAAACCAAAAGUGCGUUUCUGAUUAUCGGAUAUAACGUUUAUUGUGUGUCAAAAUUUACUUUCAAAUUAAUGUAGUUUUUUCUCAAAUUGGAAUCAUAUGCUUGUUAUAUAAGAACAAAUUAAAAUAAAUAAUUCAAGAGAAGGAAAAGUGGCAAUAAUCGUAAUUCGUAAGCAUUUAGGGUCUCCCAUAUGAGUAAAUUAGAGUUUCAUAAUCCAAUCCCAAAAAAAUACUGCAAUUUUGUGGGUAAAUUUCCCAGUCCAUGGCUAAUACUACUACAUCAGCGGCUGGAUCAUCCGUAGCUCAGCUUCUGGCUAGCCUGUAAACUCCAGGCCAUUUGCUCAUAUAUUUUUCUUUUUUUGCUAGACAUUUGCUCAUAUAUGGAACUAGGUACAGGUUUGUUUCAUAAUUUGUCUACUGAAAAGUUUCAUAGUAGCACAUGAGGUUAUGUAUAAUGUAUGAUCUAAAAGGGGAUUCGACCAUCAUAUUUGAGCACCAAUAACUAUAGAGGGGAGGUGAGAAAGUGACGUCAACCAAGAAACCUAGAAACAUUAAACAAGAAGUAAAAAUACAUGACUACGUACGUUGCAUCUUACUAUAAAUACAUAAGACCACUCAACAUAUAUCUUACACACUCCAAACACACAAACUAGAAGCAAUAUGUCGAUGGAGAAGCUUGGUUGCUGUGAAAGCUUCCUCAAAAGCUCAAAGCCCUACUUCGCCAUGAUAUCUCUCCAGUUCGGUUAUGCCGGCAUGAACAUAAUUACCAAAAUAUCCCUCAACACCGGUAUGAGCCACUACGUCCUUGUCGUCUACCGCCAUGCAAUCGCCACCGCCGUUAUUGCUCCCUUCGCUUUCUUCUUCGAAAGGAAAGCUCAGCCGAAAAUAACAUUCACCAUUUUCAUGCAACUAUUCAUUCUCGGCCUUCUUGGGCCCGUGAUUGAUCAAAACUUCUACUAUAUGGGGUUGAAAUAUACGUCGCCCACGUUCUCGUGCGCCAUAAGUAACAUGCUUCCGGCUAUGACCUUUAUCUUGGCCGUUCUAUUCCGGAUGGAGGUGUUGGACGUGAAGAAACUGUGGUGCCAGGCGAAAAUAGCUGGAACGGUGGUGACCGUAGCCGGAGCCAUGUUAAUGACAAUUUAUAAGGGACCCAUCGUUGAGCUAUUUUGGACUAAAUAUAUGCAUCUCCAACAUGCUAACGACACGACACCGUCUAGCAAUUCAAAUGAUAAUAAGGAUUUUCUAAAAGGCUCCAUCCUCCUCAUCUUUGCUACCCUUGCAUGGGCCUCCCUCUUCGUUCUUCAGGCAAAGAUACUAAAGACGUACUCGAAGCAUCAGCUUACUUUAACAACAUUAGUUUGCUUCAUCGGAACAUUACAAGCAGUUGCUGUGACGUUUGUCAUGGAACACAACCCAUCAGCUUGGAAAAUUGGCUGGGACAUGAACCUCCUUGCAGCCGCUUACUCUGGGAUUGUUGCAUCAAGUAUCGCAUAUUAUGUGCAAGGGAUAGUGAUGAAGAAAAGAGGACCUGUGUUUGCUACUGCCUUUAGUCCUUUAAUGAUGGUUAUAGUUGCAAUCAUGGGUUCUUUUGUCUUAGCAGAAAGGAUCUUCCUUGGAGGGGUGAUUGGAGCGGUACUUAUUGUAAUUGGACUGUAUGCGGUCUUGUGGGGAAAACAAAAGGAAAAUGAAGUGACUCAUUGUGAGAUGUUAGAACCCACCAAGAAUAUUAAUAAAGUAACCGAGGAUGUGGAAGCUAAUAAUGGAACUGAAAUGAAAUAUUCGGACUCUAUGCUAUCAACGAUUGUAAUCAGUACUCCAGCAUCAGAAACAAUUUUGAAGAAAACUAGCCAAGAGCCAUGAAAAGAUUGCAUGAAGAGAAUAAUAAAAGACUACUUUUGGUCGGAUAUUUGUGUGUAUUUUUGUCUUUUUCACUUUUAAUUUUGACCUAUAUGAUUAUGAAUUAAAUACGUGUAAUAGCAAGAACUCUAACUUGCACUUCAUCAAUACGAAUGUUCUU